GCCUUUGUUUUCGGAUGAUUUGGGGCCCAGUUCUACAAAUUCAUAAUUUGAUGAGUCAUGAAGUACCCAUCGGAAAGAGACGACCGGUUCCAACCGGACCCUUCCGUCCAAAUCUUCGACGACUUUUCCCUCGACCUUAUCUCAAGCCCGACGUUGAUUGAUGAGACAAUUUCCCAUAUUGAACAUUCGACCAUAGAAAAAUGGAGGACGUUUGGGUUAGAAUCAAAGCUUUUCAACUUCGUUAACGCUUUACUCAACAGUCAACACUAUACUCUUCAUGGCUUCCCCACCCACCACCGCUGCCGCCGACGGCGGCAAACAGAACCAACAAAAGCUCCACUUCGUGCUGUUCCCUUUCAUGGCACAAGGCCACAUGGUCCCGAUGAUGGACAUCGCUAUGGUGCUCGCGCAACGCGGCGUCCUCGUCUCCGUCGUCACGACCCCGGUCAACGCCGCCAGAUUCGAAUCCCAAAUCCGCCGCAACGCCCUUCCGAUCAACCUCUAUCCCUUAGACUUCCCCUGCGCCGAAUCGGGCCUCCCGGACGGCUGCGAGUCCUUCGACCUCCUCCCUUCAUUCUCCCUUGCCGCCAAUUUCUUCGCCGCCUCGGCCCGCAUGGAAGCCCAGGCCGAAUCCCUCCUCGGAAACCUCUCCCCGCCUCCGAGCUGCAUCGUCGCAGAUAUCAGCCUGCCGUACACAGCCACUCUUGCGGCGAAGUUCGGGAUCCCUCGAUUCAGCUUCCAAGGGUUCGGCUGCCUCUGCCUCCUGACCGUCCGUUUGAUCUGUCUCCAUCCUGAAGAAAUCGACACCUCCGACUCAGAUUCAGAUUACUUCUCCCUAACCGGACUCCAUCGAAUCAAGUUCACUAGAAAUCAGCUACCCAUCCGGAUCGGGAAGGAGAACAGAGGGAUCGGGGUUCAGAUGUUAAAAGCGGAAUCGGAAUCUAACGGAGUGAUCAUGAAUAGCUUUGAAGAGCUGGAGACAGAGUAUAUCGAGGAAUUGAAGAAAGGGGAAGGCGGGAAUGGGAAAAUCUGGUGCGUCGGCCCCGUUUCACUAACCACCGGCGACCAAUUGGACAGAGGCGGAAGCAGAGUAGGAGAUUCGGCAAUCAUCGAUUGGCUUGAUUCGAAGGAUACCCAUUCAAUAAUCUAUGUAUGCUUCGGAUCUACGUUUAAUCCGAAGCCGGAUCUGCUGAUCGAGCUUGGAUUAGGUUUGGAAGCGUCAAACCAGCCUUUCAUCUGGGUAAUCAGGGGAAACUCGAAGGAAAACUCCGGCGAGCUUCAGAACUGGAUUGCGGGAAGCGGAUUCGAAGAGAGGACCGCCGGGAGGGGAUUGCUGGUCCGAGGGUGGGCCCCGCAGGUGGCGAUACUGUCUCAUCGAGCCGUCGGAGGGUUUCUGACGCACUGCGGGUGGAACGCGACGAUGGAAGGGAUCGGCGCCGGAAUGCCGCUGAUAACGUGGCCGUUGCUCGGAGACCAGUUUGUGAACGAGAAGCUGGCCGUCGAAGUGCUGGGGAUCGGGGUUAGUCUGGGAGUGGAGCAGCCGGUGAUGGUGGAUUGGGAGGAGGUGGAAGCGUCUGCGGCGGUGGUGAAGAGGGAGGAUGUGGUGAGGGCGGUGCGGAGAGUGGUGGACGGCGGCGAGGAAGGUGAAGCGAUGAGGAAGAGAGCUGCGGAGCUCGCCGGGAUGGCGCGGCGGGCGGUGGAGAGCGGCGGAUCUUCUUAUGAGAAUGUUACGAGGCUGAUUGAAGAUGUGAAGAAAUAUCAAAGAGGGAAAUGUGAUGAUUAGUUGGUAAUUGGGAAAAGAAAUUAGAACUGAAUUGUGAAUUAUCCUCCCAAAGAAAAUAAAUUGAAAUGUUACCUAUAAACAAGUACGGGCCACCGGCCCAUCAAAGCAAAUAAAAGGGCUUCAAGUAC